AUGGCUUUCUUUCAUUUGGUUUAUCCUUCCUUUUUUUUUCUUCUUUGGUACUCAUAUUUUUCUUCUUCAUCUUUCGUUCAUUCUGCUUUUUUUUUUAAUUUGUUCUACAUAUUCGUCUCGUCUUUAAUUUUCCUUUCUUACUUUCUUUCUUCUUCUUCUUUUAUCUUCCAUCUUCUUUUCACUCCCAUUAAUCCCGUUUAUCCUUUCCUCUUCUUUUUCUUAUUUUUUCUUCUUUUGAUAUUUGUGCGUGUGGCCAUUUCCUUUCUCCCCCGAUUUCUUUCUUUCUUUCUUUCUUUCUUUCUUUCUUUCUUUCUUUCUUUCUUUCUUACUUCGCCAUGUCGUUCAAUAUAUUCUAUCUCUAUCCCAGUCCUUAUCGUUGAUUCUUUUAUUUGUUUAUCCUCUUCUUUCUUUCUUUCUUUCUUUCUUUCUUUCUUUUAUUUGAUGCCUUCACUUUUUCUUCUUUCUUUCUUUCUUUUCUUUCUUUCUUUCUUUUAUUUGAGCCCCCGAUUUCUUUCUUUCUUUCUUUCUUUCUUUCUUUCUUUUCUUUCUUUCUUACUUCGCCAUGUCGUUCAAUAUAUUCUAUCUCUAUCCCAGUCCUUAUCGUUGAUUCUUUUAUUUGUUUUUCCUCUUCUUUCUUUCUUUCUUUCUUUCUUAAAAAAAUGUCUGAUUUUCUACAUGUUUUCUUUUUAA